AUGAUGGCGGAUGCGAAGGCCGAGUCGGCGGCCGCGAAUCACGACUGCAGCGGGAGCAGCGGAGUGGAAGUAGUUAACCGUACCGAGAAUGGCAACAACAAGGGGGAGGAAGGGGAUACGAAGAAGACGGCGGUGGGAGGAGGAGUAGAUCCAGAGUUCUUCUGCUGCUUGCUUCAGCCUGCCAAUGCCGAUUCGGAUCCCGAUUACCUCGGCAUCCGGCGGCUCCUCCUCCAUCGCAAAGCGGAAUCUGGUUCCGUCCGACGUCUGGAUUGGAGAUGCAAUGGAAAAGGAUAUGUAUGUUACCGUAAUUACAUAAGAAGACCAAGAAAUUGGGAGAAGUCGCAAGUUUCGAGCCUCCAAAGCACACCAGAAAACAGCGGUCGAUGGUUUCCAUCUCCUAGUCCUCUCUCCCAACUAUAUGAUGUCGAAAGCCUUACUUCUAGCCGGGACGUAUCUAGUGUUAAUCCAUCUUCAGCCCGUAGGACAAGUGUCAGCUCAGGUGGAAGUGAUCUUGAUCACUCACGUGGGAGACGGCCUGAACCUGGUUAUUCUUUUGUGGGAAUGCAUUGCAUCUUUGAUCACAGCAAAGCUGCUGUGACAGUUCUGAAGUUCGGUAAGAGGAGUUCUGAUCUACUGGCAUAUGGGGCAUCUGAUGGAACAUUGACAGUCUGUAUGGUCUCCCAACCACCUUCAGUACUCAAACAACUGAAUGGACAUUCAAAAGAUGUCACAGACUUUGACUUCUCCUCCAACAAUCAGUAUAUUGCAUCAUCAUCAAUGGAUAAAACUGUGAGAGUGUGGGAGUUAUCAAAAGGAACUUGCAUUAGAGUUAUCUAUGGAGUUUCCCCACAACUAUGUAUCCGUUUUCACCCUGUAAAUAACAAUUUCCUUUCUGCUGGCAACGUCAACAGAGAAAUCACUGUAUUCAAUUUCAGCACAGGCAGGAUUAUUGCCAAAACAGUUCUCAACAAUGAGAUCACCUCGAUGGACCACGAUCAUACUGGUCAGCUCAUUUUCUGUGGAGAUCAACAGGGAUGUAUAUAUUCCAUGAGCAUGAACUCUCGUACCGGCGCCUUGUCUCGCUCUCAUCGGUAUCGAAGUAGCAGCAAGAGCAAGUCCCCAGUAACAACUGUGCAGUACCGAAGUUUCUCUCUGCUGGCACGUGGGCCCGUGCUGCUAACAUGCACUCAAGACGGGAACUUGUCAUUCUUCAGGGUGGCUUUGGAAAUAAAAGGUUACCUAACUCUUCACUGCUCACUGAAAUUGGCUCCACGAGUACACAGCAUGCGGGCGUCUUUCUGCCCUCUUCUCUCCCUUGAAAAAGGAGAAUAUAUAGUUGCUGGUAGUGAGGAUUCAAACGUCUAUUUCUAUGAUCUGACAAAGCCACAGAAUCCUUGUGUGAACAAACUACAGGGCCAUCAGUUUCCAGUCAUCGGCGUCACUUGGAAUUAUGGCGAAAACUUGCUGGCAUCAUCUGAUCUUCACGGAGUUGUCAUUGUGUGGAAAAGAGCAAAGACAGGCUAG